CUUUUUGCCUCCAAAUUGCCGAUGGCCGUUGUUCGCCACGAAAAUUCUUGCACUUCCACAUUAUCGUAUAUUGGCAUUGGCACAUAAUGGAGUACGGCGGCGUCGGCGGCUCUCGAACAGACUAAGACAUCGGUCAGCAAAAUAGUGAAAAGUUCCACCUUUGAAUGAUGGAGAUGAUUGAAGUUACUGCAAAAGAACGUGAAUGGCGACGCCAAAAUGAGGAGGACAUAGAGUCUAAAGCAGAAGACAUGAAACGACCGUGCAGCGUUUGCAGGACUGGUGUUUUCAGCAAUGAUGUGCACAUACACCCUGUCCUUGGAGUGUGCAUUUGCAAGAAAUGCUACAAAUUUUACAACUCAGGCGAUUUCUCUGAAGACGAGGAAGGUGACCAAAAGUACUGCACUUGGUGUGGGGAAGGAGGAAAGUUGAAUUACUGCAGCGGUUGCAAGAAAGGAGCCUUCUGCAAGACAUGCAUAAAAAACAACCUGGCUGAAAAGGAAUUUGAAAAGGUGGCAGCUGACGAUUGGCAUUGCUACUUGUGCAACAUCAAGCCGCUUUGGAAAUUGAGAGCCUAUUGUGACGCCACAGUCAAAAGAAUUGAGAGGAAAAAGAGAGAAAAAUUAGAACCAAAUAUGCUGCAACUAUUAAGGAUCAAGACUUUGGAAAGAAUGGAAUCUCCGAAAAAAGGAGGAAAAAACAAGGAAAGUACUGGAGAUGACGAAUCAGGUACUGAAGAUGACGAAUCAGGUUCGGAGGAUGGCCCCCGAGUUUUGAAAAAGCGGAACCGCACAUUUGUUGCCGCUGAUGACGAAGAUCCCAAUGCAGAUCCUUCAAGCAGAUCCUCUGAAGAUGCGUCUGACUCUGAUGAUAAAAGAAGUAGAGCUCGCUAUAAGACUCCAACUCAAAAGGCAAGAAUGAAGUUUCGGCGAGCACAAAAAAGUAACAGCCACACGCCAAGAAAACGAGCAAAAUCUUCAACACCCAGCAGUGAUUCUGAGACUACAAAGAAACCCAAGAAGAAGAAACAGAAGAAGAAUUCAAGAGAUAGCAGUGAAGAAUCUCCUACUAGGUGGCGCAGUGGAAAAAAGUCUCAGAAAACACGGCAAGAAAAUAGUAGCUCGGAGGAUGAUGAACCUUUGAAGAAUGUGUCUCGAAAGAGCAAGGAAGUUGCCAAAAAACAUACUAGCAAAAAACCUGCAACUCGGGAUUCAAGCUCUGAAAGUAGCAAACGGACAAGAAAAGACCAGAAAAUAAUGGAAAAGUUUAAAGUGGAGACUAAGAUUAAACAUUCAAAAACAUCAGAUGUGGAUAAAGUAGACUGCCCUGCUACUAAGGAAGCAAGGACAAAGGAACCAAAGCCAUCCACGAGUUUUGCACCUGACGAAGAUCAAUUUCUGUCCAGUUCUGCUGAAGAAGAGCAAAAUGUAGAUUGGAUUUUGGAAACUUUGACUGCAUUUGAGAAAUUAAACUCCAGAAAUGCCGACAUCACAUUAAAACUCAAAACAAUGGCUACCAAAAUUGACAAAAACUCAAGCCAUGAAGAAGUGUAUGCUUUGUGCAAAAAGAUUUACAAACAUUUCUCAAAGUUCUACAAACAUGUUGGAGUCUUUAAGGGCAAUAUGCAGACCGACUUCUCAAAAUGGCACCAACGACACAAUUCAUCACUUGACGAAGCUGAAGCUAAUGGAAAAGACAAAAAUAAUUUGAAGAAAGAACAGGUUCCCGAAUCCGAGGGUGAUGAUGAAGAACAGGCUCCCAUAUCCGAGGGUGAUGAUGAAGAACAGGCUCCCAUAUCCGAGGGUGAUGAUGAAGAACAGGCUCCCGUAUCCGAGGGUGAUGAUGAAGAACCGGCUCCCAUAUCCGAAGGUGGUGAUGAAGAAGAGGCGCAAGUGCCUGAAAGUGAUAAAGGUGGUGAAACUGAUGAAAAGCAAUCAGUCGAGGCAGGUGGAGUCAUAAAGGAAAGUGAUGAAGAGGUUGAGGAAGAAAUUGGGGACAAUAACGAGCAGGAUUUUGAUACAAACACCCUCCUUCUUGAGACUCAAAAAAGGGAAGUACCUAUCAUCUCAGAAAAUGAGGAAUUAGCUGUGGAUGAGCCCAAUAAGUCACUGGAUGACCUGUUUGCUGAUUUGUACGAAACUGAAAUAGAGAAAAAGGAACUGCCAACAGAGACAAAAUCAAAGGCCACAAAGAAAUCUGAAAUCAAAGAUAAGAAAAAUGAUGCUGAAAAAGAAGAAAAAUCUUCUACCCCAAAGAGCAAGAUAGGCAAAAAACCUGGCCCUGCUAGCAAAACCAUGUUGAAUUCCAAGAGCUCUGGGCAGCGGCACAACGAAAAAUCCUCCGAGAAGGAAGUCGAGAUUGAAGUCAAAGAAGAAUACUACAGCGCUUGCUCUGAUGAAGCACCAGAUUUUUUUCAUGAAAAUGGAGAUGUUACUGAACCUGAUAAUGAUGGAUCAACAGGAAAAUCUGCUGCAGUAGAAAAAACUGACAAAACUGAUAACUCAAGUGAAAAGACAGAUUUCAGUGACAGUGAUACUGAGGUGGCCAAAGUAUACCAGCAAGAUCAACCUCAAUAUGUGCUUUCUGAAGACCUUGAUUUGACCAAUAAGAUCAAAGAAGAGGAAAGCAAGAGGCUCCUUCUUAUGGAUGAUUCUUCUGACACAGAACGCAAAGAGGAACCAAAAAUUUUCAAGAAGAAAAAGUCCAUCAAAAAUCAGAGUCAAGCAUCAGUAUCAAAAGAAGGCAAGCAGAAAAUAAAAGUCGAGCAAGACCAAGAGCCCCUCCCAAAGUUUGAGCCAUCCAAUUGGGGUGAGUUUAAGGAUGAUGCAAAAUUGAGCAUGACACCUGUUGUGCAACUUUUGGCAGUGGAGACAGACGAUUCCAAUCUACUUUCAAAUCACCGAAGAAAGUCGCGUCAGGCUGACUCUGAUGCUGAAAUUGAUAACCUGUGCAAUUUGGAUGCUAUAGAAAAGCCCACUUCUGUAAGCAAGUCAAGCAAGCCACGACCUAAGUCUAAGAAAACGAAAUCUCUAAAAAAUGAGAUGGGUGGAGAUUCGGAAUUAGGUGACAAUGCAUCCCCAGAAGAAUUAGAGUCCGAUAAUGGUCUUGAUUCUGGCCCUAAGAAAGUUUUGACUGCUCUUGACUCUUCGGACGAAGAAAAUGAAGCCAAGAAGGCUCUACUGUCUGACUCGGAUGACGAGGCUGAAGAAGUCGAAGACGAAACCAAGGAAAAGAAGAAGAAAGUUGGCAAGAAGGUUAAAUUAGACAAGUCUGAAAGUGACCAAACUAGUUGUGAUGAUAAGGAAGAGAAAAAUGCACAAUGGACCAAGGCCAAGGAACUCAACACAAGACUUGAUCUCGACUCAUCUGAAGAGGAAAUCGUCAAAGCACCUAAGAAGAAGCUGUUAAUUGACUCUGAUGAUUCUGAUGAAGAUUAUAAAGAUAUUGUGGCUGUGGAAUCAAAUAGUGAUGAUGAAUUCGAGGAUAAAAAGAAAACCAAAAAGCGCAAGCGAAAACCUGUGUCAGAAUCUGAAUCUAGUGAUUUCUUUGAUGAUGUCAAGAACAAGAAGAAAAGAAAGCGGAUCGUUCAACUAGAUAACAGCACAGACUCAGAAUGUGAAGUUUACUUUGAAGGGCAAACUAAAUUAGAUGAAUCUGGAAGCCCCAACAAACUGAGGAAACGCAAAAUUCUCAAAAACAAUGAGCUUGAGAUAGCAACACAGUCAGCAGCCAAAGAGGAGAAAGAACGUUUGAAGCGACAAGAGGAGCUUCAGCAACUGUAUAACAAAAUCAAGUCUGAACGAGUUCUAGAUGCUGAUGUAAAAGAGUUGGUCCUUGAGUUUGACCCUAAAACCAAAGAACCCCUCAUACAGGUCCAUGAGGAAAUGGCCACAAAGUUGAAACCACAUCAGGUCAAAGGCAUUAAAUUCAUGUGGGACUCUGUUUUCGAAAGCAUUGAACGAGCCAAGAAGUCUGAGGGCAGUGGUUGUAUUUUGGCUCAUUGCAUGGGUCUUGGUAAAACUUUGCAAGUUGUGGCAUUGGUGCACACAAUUUUGACCAACAAGCUUCUUGAAUUCAAGACAGUUAUCAUCGUCACACCUCUAACAACAGUCGAAAACUGGAAAAAUGAAUUUGCUAUGUGGACCAAAGACAUUGAUGAAGAUGAGUAUAGCUGUAAUGUUUUCACCCUUAGCAACGUAAAAAGACCUACAGAAAGGAAGGCGCAUUUGGAGUCUUGGAUGAGAAGAGGAGGAGUAAUGAUUGUCAGCUAUGAUCUAUACCGCAUUAUGGCAAAUCCAGAAUCAAAGGCAGGAAAGCCAUCAGAUCGUAAAGCUUUCCAAAAAACCCUGAUUGAUCCUGGCCCUGAUAUCAUUAUCUGUGAUGAGGGACAUGUCUUGAAGAAUGAAGACAAAAAACUUUCAAUUGUAAUGAGCAGAAUUCGGACUAAGAGAAGAAUCGUAAUGACUGGCACGCCCCUUCAGAACAACUUGAUCGAAUAUCAUUGCAUGAUGCAGUUUGUGAAACCCAAUUUCCUGGGAAACAGAAAGGAGUUCACCAAUAGAUUUGUGAAUCCCAUCAAGAGUGGCCAGCACAAGGAGUCGACUCCCAUCCAAGUGAAAAUCAUGAAAAAGCGAGCCUGCGUUUUGCACAAAAUGCUUGAACCAUCUGUUCAGAGAUACGACUAUUCAGUGCUGCAGCCUCAUCUUCAGGAUAAGUUCGAGUAUGUGAUCAAAAUCAGGCUCUCUGAGAUCCAAUUGAAACUCUAUUCGCAUUUCUUGGCAAACUGUGCCCGAAAAAUGACCACCCAGAAAGGUGCAUGCCUCUUUUCUGACUACCAGAACCUUCUUCGAGUGUGGAAUCAUCCAUAUGGAUUGAAACUUCGUGCUCUGCAGGACGAAGAAAAGGAAAUUGACUCUGAUGGUGACUCUGUUGGCUCUUUGAAAGACUUCAUAGAUGAUGGCUCUGGCACACCAUCGACAGAAGACUCGGAAGCCUCUGUUGAUUCUGAUGGCGCAGGGCCUUCAAAGAGAUGCACUAGGCAGGAUGUAGCAAAUGGGGAAGAACUUCCUGGUCCAGAAGACAUGGUAACCGUAGACGCUUGGUGGAGGGGUCUAAUCACAGAAAACGAACUGGAGAUGCUGAGCAGUGGCUCAAAAAUGGUCCUCCUCUUCUCCAUUCUUAAGGAGUGCCAGGAAAUUGGAGACAAGCUGUUGGUCUUCAGCCAGUCCCUCUAUGCCCUUGAGCUGAUUGAAUUCUUCUUAAAAAAAUUGUCCAAUGCAACAGACGAAGAGAGGGAAGAGUACUUCUGCGGUCUCACAGGCAGGUGGAACAGUGGACUUGAUUAUUUCCGUAUUGACGGAAAAACAAGCAUUGAUAACAGAGGAAUCAUGAUCAAGAGGUUCAACAAUCCCAAGUCAAGGGCCAAACUGUUCCUAGUGUCUACAAGGGCUGGAGGCCUAGGUGUCAACAUGGUCGGCGCCAACAGAGUAAUUCUCUUUGACGCCUCCUGGAACCCUUCAAAUGACAUGCAGUCCAUCUUCCGCGUCUAUCGCUUUGGCCAAACCAAACCUUGUUACAUCUAUAGAUUUUUGGCUGCUGGCACCAUGGAAGAGAAAAUUUAUGAUCGUCAAGUGACCAAGCUUGCUCUCUCGGGCCGAGUUGUCGACAAGCAGACAAUCGACCGGCACUAUACCCAGGCUGACUUGGAAGAGUUGUACAGCUUUGAGCCUUAUGAAGAACAAAUUAUGCCCAGCUUUCCUAAAGAUCGACUUCUGGCCGAAAUGUACAAGAAGCACAAGGAAUUGAUUCAAGCGUACUUUGAACAUGAUUCUUUGCUGGAGGACAGACCUGAGGAAAAGCUUACUGAAGAAGAAAUGCAGGCAGCGUGGGAAGAAUUUGAGCGAGAGAAAGAUAUUGCGGCUCAGAGGAAAGAAUGUAAUAAUUUCAACAACGACCAACUCUUGCAAGAGCAAAGACUGGCUGCAAUGCAACAGAUUGCCAAUCAAAGAGACAACCAGCAGUAUACCCAGCAGUACCUGAACAAUUUGAUUAGAGAAAAUCUGAUGAGAAAUCCAAACUUGCAAGGUGCAAUUCCCAAUGCAAGCGCAGCCAAUACCUUGAGCGCUUUGGCCAGCAACAUAAAUCCAGCCAACUUGUAUGGGGCGCCUUAUAAUGCACCAUUUCAGAAUCACGUCAGCCAAGCUCAGCGAGAUCACGGUCUGAUGAACAACUUUUCCAAUGCCGCCUCAGCUUUGAUGGGUCAACUCGCCAACUACAUUCCUGGUCUUGGCACAUCCAAUCAACCGACGGCUGCACCGAGUGUACUUCCUAGAGCCGCUCCAGCACCCUUUCCAGUUCCUAAUGAUGAUAUUCAAGUCCUUCCCACCACUUCCAGUGCUGCUGCUAGCACUGGCACUGCAGCCAUUCCUAAUGCUGCAGGACCAGCCCCGAUACUCCAAGUGAGGAAAGACUUGUUCAAGUGAUUUCAGAAUUGAAGGAAGAUCAUCUCAAAGCACAAAUAGGUGCCAACUAUAUUGAGUUCAUAUAUAUAUCAUAAUUUCUCAAGUAAAUGUAUUCAGAUUUAUUUAUUUAGUAAAGCAUCAAUUACUUAUCAGUCAUGAGUUUUUUUAAUAACAGUGAUUUUCUAUAACACUUCACUCUUCAAACUUAGCAAGUUCUUGCGGUUGUCAAUGCUUAGCAGGAUAAUGUACCUUUUACCAGUCUCCACAAUUUAGACGAGAUUUUCUUUUGAGAGGAUAUUAUAUUACCAUUCCAAGGAAUUGAGCAUAAUUAUUUUAUGAUAUCUUAAAAAUUUAAAAUUGUUAAAUUUUAAAAAUGGA